AUGGCGGAGGCGGCUGCGGAGGCGGAUCGGCACGCGGAAGCGCUUCUGGCGGAUGAGGAGGCGGAGAAGGAGGCGGAGCAGCGCGCCAAGGAGCGCAAGGCCAAAAAGAAGAAGAAGAAGAAGAAGGGCAAGGGCGGGGGGAGCGGCGGCGGGCCGUCGCAGGAGCCGGAAGGCGAGGAGGCGGAGGCGCUUGCGGCGGCGGAGGGGGAGGCGGUGGCGGCAGCAGAGGAGGCGGAGCUGGCGACGGCGCUUCAGGAGAGCGCGAGGCUGGAGGAGGAGAGGCGGGUGGCGGAGGAGCAGCCGCCCGAGCCGGAGGCGCCGCCGGCCGACUUCAUCUGCCCCAUCACGACCGAGGUGAUGAGCGACCCGGUGAUGGCGGCGGACGGCCAUUCCUACGAGCGGAAGCAGAUCGAGCGCUGGCUCGCGACCAAGUCGACGAGCCCCCGAUGA